AUGAAUUCAGAAUCAAUUUUGAUCAAUUCAUCGCCGGAAAAAGAAAGAUCAUCGCAGAAAAAACCGGUUUACAUUGCAAGAAAGACAUCAAAACUUCCAUCAGCUGGGAAUUCCGGAAUUCAUAAAGACAGAAAACCGAUCUUUGUAAAAGGACUCAUCCCCACUUCUUAUGAUAGCGCUCAACAGCUGAUGAUUGAUAAUGAGGAGAAAAAGAGAAAGAAGAAACUUCUGAAAGAAAAAUUUGCUCGAUUAGAAGCUCGACGAGCAGAACGGCUCAACCUCAAGCCGCCAAAAUUGGCUCUGGAAAAAAGUCGCAAUGUCGUGCCAAAAGUCGAAAUCAUGAGGUUCGACGAAAGUGGUUUGGUUGAAGCCCCUACGCAAGAAAAACCUAAAAUAGAAGAAAAAAUAUUCACCAAGCCACGAAGCAUCAUCAGUACCGAUCGAGAUAUUCGCGAGAUUUUUUCAUCGACAGCGAUCGCCAAAACAGAAGUCGAAAUGAAGCCUUUAUGUUCGAAAAGUUUUAUCUAUCAGAAGAAAGAAAAAGUCAAAAAAUUAACUCGCGAGGAGAAAAGAAAUUUGAUGAGGCUCGACGUAAAUCUUUGGAUUGCAGAAAUGCAGUCGGAAAUGGAAUGA